UGGAGAGGCUUUUCCGGCGCCGGCUUUCUAACAUACGGGAUCAGUCCGGACCCUUGCCAUGGCGCAGCUUCAGGCACGCUUCUUCACCGAUGAUACUAAAUACAUAGUAGACGAUGUUCCUUUCUCUAUCCCAGCUGCUUCUGAAGUUGCUGACCUUAGUAAUGUUAUCAACAAAUUGCUGGAAACUAAAAAUGAGGGCCACAAAUAUGUGGAAUUUGACUUCCUUGUCAAGGGACAGUUCUUGCGUAUGUCUCUGGUCAAACACAUGGAAAUGGAAAAUAUCUCAACGGAAGACGUAGUAGAAAUCGAGUAUGUUGAGAAGUACACAGCACCUCAGCCUGAAGAAUGUAUGCUACAUGAUGACUGGAUCAGUUCUAUUGAAGCUGCAGAAGAAUGGAUCUUGACUGGCUCCUAUGAUCAGACGUCUCGGAUCUGGUCAGUGGAAGGCAAACCCAUAAUGACGCUUGCUGGGCAUGUCGAUGUGGUGAAAGAUGUGGCCUGGGUCAAAAAAGACAGUUUGUCAUGCCUGCUGCUUAGCGCUUCUAUGGACCAGACCAUCCUGCUGUGGGAAUGGAAUGUUGAGAAGAACAAAGUGAAGGCCCUUCACUGCUGUAAAGGACAUGCAGGGAGCAUAGAAUCUGUUGCUGUGGAUGGCUCAAGAACUAAAUUUUGCAGUGGAUCCUGGGAUAAAAUGCUGAAGAUCUGGUCUGCAGUGCCUGCAGAUGAAGAGGAUGAAAUGGAAAUGGAGGAAGCAGCAAAUAGACCAAGGAAAAAGCAGAAAACUGAGCAGUUGGGACUAACAAGAACUCCUAUUGCAACCUUCUCUGGCCAUACAGAAUCUGUCUCCUCUGUCCUUUGGUCAGAUACAGAUGAAAUAUGCAGUGCUUCAUGGGAUCACACAAUUAAGGUGUGGGAUGUUGAAACAGGAGGCCUCAGAUCAACUUUGACCGGAAACAAAGUGUUUAACUCUAUAUCCUAUUCACCACUGUGUCGGCGUCUAGCCUCCGGAAGCACCGACAGGCACAUUAGGUUAUGGGAUCCUCGGACCAAAGAUGGUUCUUUGGUAUUACUUUCUCUUACCUCACAUACUGGUUGGGUGACAUCAGUGAAGUGGUCACCCACCCAUGAACAACAGCUUAUCUCGGGUUCUUUAGACAACUUUGUCAAACUCUGGGACACAAGGAGCUGCAAGGCCCCUCUGUAUGACCUGGCUGCUCAUGAAGACAAGGUUUUCUGUGUGGAAUGGACAGAAGCUGGGUUGCUGUUGAGUGGUGGUGCCGACAACAAGCUAUAUUCCUACAGAUAUCAAGCAACCACCUCUGAUGUUGGAGCAUGAAAAUGCGUGAGAGGACAAUUGGAGAGAGAACAUUUCUUCCACUAGGCCUUCUUCCAACCUAUUGUACCACAUCUGUAGAAAUGUAGAGUCCCCAUGAACAAAACUCUGCUCGUGGAUUCUCCUGGGGGAGGGAGGGGGUGUUUUUUGCUGAUUCCUCCCCCCUCCUCCCCCAAAAAGCUGGUCUGGAGUGUUGGUGGACCUCCUGGAGCAAUGUGAGAUGUGAUAUAGGGGUUGUGGUGGGAAUCAGUGAAAGUUGCCUACUUCCUACAUUUCUUCCAGCGGGAGCAUCCUCUGAAUUUCAGUCCCUUCUGUUUAGGAAAGGGGACACUAUUGAUCUAAUCCCAUGUCUGUAUUUAUCGCUUGGAGCAAGAUUA